CUGGCCUUCACAUUUUGGUCGAUACGACAUCUCCAGCACCCACGUAUUGGCAAAAAGUUGGCCAAAAACUAAAUGAUUAAGAGAGUGAGGUGAUCAAUAUAUUUGCCAGACAAAACUGCAGAGGCUGUGGCUGAUUUUGUUGCUGUGCGUGUGCGACAGCGGAGACAAGAGGAACAACUCCUUGAACCCAGAAAGCUACGAAUUGGGCCCGCCACCGCCCCCUAACAUCAUGGAGACCAGGGGCGACAAUGAUGUGUUCGAUGACAUGAACCUGUACAUCACACCGGAGAGUUUCAUAGUGGAGCCCAACGGAGGUGCUGAGGUUCUCGUUAUCGGCCGGCUGGACAAGGUCACUAGGGUGCAGCCCGCUGGAGAUCAGCUGGUGAAUCUGCGACCCACCAGGAGGAUAUGCGGUGUCCUUGGAACCAUUCAUUUGCUCAGCUGCGAUUACUUAUUGGUGGCCACCCAUCGAAUCUUCGUGGGCGUUCUGAAUGGAGCCAUCAUCUGGCGCCUAGCCGGCUACGACAUCAUUCCCUACAUUCCGAAUGCCAUUCAAAGAAAGGAGAACGAAACGUAUCUACAACUGCUGCGACAGACUCUGGACACCAAGUACUUCUACUUCUCCUAUCGCUUCGACUUGACUCAUUCGCUGCAGAGGCAGCGAGAGCUAGCCCUAUCUGGAGAAUCGAACUCAGCUGGCUUGUUCCAGCGCGCUGAUCAAAGAUUUGUGUGGAAUGGCUAUGUUUUGCAACAGUUCGGUUGCGACAAGAUGCACAGAUUCCAGUUGCCGCUGCUUCUCGGUUUCGUUUCCAUCAACCAGGUCCAGAUUAACGGCCAGACCUUCUUUUGGAGCAUUGUGACCAGGAGAUCCAUUCAACGAGCAGGAACGAGGCUGUUUACUCGCGGAAUAGACGAUCGCGGCCAUGUAGCGAACUUUGUGGAAACGGAGCAGAUUGUGGAGUUCAACGGACAGCUCACAGGAUUCGUCCAGACGCGUGGCAGCAUGCCCUUCCAUUGGCACCAGCUCCCCAACUUGCGGUACAAGCCUAGACCCAGUCUGAUUCCUGGCAAAGAUCACCUCGGGGCUUGCAGCUUGCAUUUCUCGGAGCAGCUAAGGAUAUAUGGCAGCCAAGUGGCAGUAAAUCUGGUGGACCACAAGGGCGCUGAGGGCGAACUUGAGUCGACUUUUGGCAGGCUGGUCCGAGAAAUGGGGAACCCCAAAAUCCGGUACGAGUCGUUCGACUUUCACCACGAGUGCCGAAAGAUGCGCUGGGAUAGGUUGAACGUUCUCAUCGAUCGUCUAGCCCACGAGCAGGAUGGCUUCGGUUACUACCAUAUCUUUGAUGAUGGCAAGUUGGUUUCCACACAAACGGGUGUCUUCCGCACUAAUUGCAUUGAUUGCCUCGACCGAACGAAUGUGGUGCAGAGUAUGCUGGCCAGGAGAUCUCUUACAGCGGUGCUGCAAAAGCUGGGUGUGCUCCAUGUGGGUCAACGAGUGGAACAGGCUUCCCACAGCUUUGAGGCACGUUUCAAAGGAGUGUGGGCCGACAAUGCAGACCUGGUUUCCCUGCAAUACUCCGGAACGGGUGCUCUGAAAACGGACUUCACCAGGACUGGAAAGAGAACCAAAGCCGGAGCACUGCAGGAUGGAAAGAACUCCCUGAUGCGCUACUAUCUAAACAACUUUGCCGACGGCCAGCGACAGGAUGGCAUCGAUCUGUUCCUCGGAAAGUAUCUGAUCAACGACAACGAAGGUGGAGCAGUGCCAUCGCCGUUAGAGUCCAAGCGGGGCUGGCGCUUCUUUGCAUUCCCGUCGGUGCUGAUGAUGGCCGUUACCAUGUUUAUGGUCACCAUGAUUUAUCCGGCUGAGUUCAACACGGAGAAUCUGCUGUUCAUGCUGUUCUGGGGAGCAAUGAUCGCGGUCAGUGCCACCGGAAUCCUGCACUACGGAAUCGAGUUUGUGCAGUGGCCGCGGCUUUUUCCGCCGUUGUCCUUUCGAGACCAAUGACGUUAGUGUUGUUUAGCUAAUUUUUCCCCGGGGAUCUACCUCUGAAGCAGCAUCAGAACAAUAUUCUGUAUACCAAUUUCUAAAACGAUUUAAAGAACUCCAACCUUCUUCC